AUGGCAGCUAACACCAUCGCCACUGGCCUUUGCUCUUACCCGACCGCCUGUGGCAUCGCUGAUGACCCCUAUUAUCGGGAAGAGGCCCAGCGCCUGAUGGGCAUUUUCACAACGGUCUCGUCACAGCCCCGAGAACCCAACCCAAAGUUGGUCACCCACGGCCACACAACGUUUCGCCUGGGACCAAAGGGGAGUGGUUUGCAGGAAUCUUGUUCCGUCAACAUUAACAGACAAGACAACCCCCCUUCCUCGUCCAAACCCAACCAAGCGCCAUGCCUCAUGAGCAGUCACGGGCUCUUUCGAAAUCCAACUCUACGAAAAGUAGCGACAAUCUCGAAUGUAACCAAAAACAUUGAAGGUCAUUCAUCCACCUCAAGGCCUUUACUCGACACUCACGCGGGAAAGUCCACCCAACCAUCAAUCACGCCCACAUAUAAUAUGGGCAAACCUACACGACGCUCCAGUCGGUCAAGGACCACGCCAGCAAACUACUAUGCGCGUAUCCAUUUGUAUGAGUCUUCCGAAGACGCGCCUCCGAGGUCUCGCAGGCCCUCUUUGGGCCAUUCGACAUCCGAAUCUUCUCGGCAGUCCCGCACAUUGACCCCCACAUCUAAAUACCUUUCGCAAGAUGCGAUAACAGAAGCUAGGGUUUUAUCCGUCCGGCGGCCGGGCUUUCUGAAUAUCCAAAAGCUUCUUGGGGACCGUGAAACUGGCUGCGCUGCAAAACAGCGUCAGAUUCACAGCCAAAUAUCCUCCGAUUUUCGACUUGUCAAGCAAUGGAAGGGUGCGUCAAAUGACCUGAAUGUUUUGGUCUGGUCUCCCGAUUGCACCAGAUUCGCAGCGGGGGCUACCGCUCAGUCGGACGACUUGAACAUGCAGUACAACCGAGUGAACAACCUGAUUUUGGGGGAUCUGCCAACAAAUUCUCUGAAGGAGUUGCCGGACCAUUGGAUUCCUCGGCCAGUUCGGGCAGAUGCUGCAAACUCGAAUUUUAAUGACUGUCGCCUCUUUAUGAGCGUAUCUGACAUGCAGUGGAUCGGCGACCGGCUCUACACUGCGAGUUUUGACCGAACAGUCAAGAUCUGGGAUGUUGGAACGCACAGAGGUGUUUAUUGCCUUCAGACCUUGAAGCAUGAGACAAAGGUACAAGUUAUGGCUCGAUCACAUCUUGACUCUGAGAUUUUGGCAUCUGGCACGGAUUCUUUCAGGAUUUGGGAUACACGGGACCUUGCGAACCCCACAUACAACCUUCUUGAUAUCGACCCACUGAAGGCCAGCAUUGGUUUAGAACCAACUGCCCUUGUAUGGGGGCAUACUGCGCAAACCAAGGACCUUUUGGUGGGCGGUAUGUCCGGAAAGGCUUCUUCUGAUUACGACACGGUCAACCACGGCCAUUUGGCAAUGUGGCGGGCUGCUGAAUCUCGUAUGGAGUCCAUGCAGUUAACGCCCAACUCGCAGAACGUCUUCACUGUCAAGUGGCAUCACUCGCUUCCUAUGUUUGCGACUGCAAGUUCCGAAUCUAAGUACAAGGCCGUGAAGUCAGGUACCCCCAGAGAUACUAAGUCGGCUGUGCGCGUAUACGACCCCUUGAGAGUCAGAUGGGCUAGCAUGGAAUUUUUUUGUCCCGCGUUAGAUGUCAACGAAGUGACAUUUUGUCCGAUGGAUUCGAUCUACAUCACUGCCAGCUGCACGGAUGGCAAUACUUACGUGUGGGAUAACCGCAAUCCUCGCCAUGCCCUCCACCAACUAAGCCAUGGACCUCCGCUUAGCCCGAUUGACUCAGAUUGUCCUCGAGAAGAAGUGGAUGUUGGUGUUCGCGCUGCACUGUGGGGUUGUACAAUUGACCAGUUCUUUACGGGGGCUUCGGAUGGCUUCUUGAAGCGAUGGGAUAUCCGCCGGUCCUGCGAAGAUGUUCUUGUCGAGGAUACCGCCACUCUGAAAGAGGGGAUUUCAUGUGGUGCACUCUCGGAGGAUAAAUCCCAGUUUCUCAUUGGGGGUGGCGAAGGGGGGAUCCAUGUCCUUUCUACGGGUGCAUAUUCUGACCUCGAUGAUAUCGCCUUUCGUUUCGAGUGGGCUGCACAGCAGCAAGACGACGAAGUUUCUGAGGCUAAAGCGAAAGCCUCCGAGUCUGGGGUGAAAGCCUCGAACGAUUACAUUGCGUCCGGCCAGCUCUACCGGCAUCACAAGUAUGGCAUGGGACAAGGGUCGCACUAUGAAGGUCCUUAUGCCCGCUGGGCCCGCGGGCUUGAUGAAGACAAGCCCAAACCGCAAGACAUCCAGUCACUCCCUAUCUUGGACAAAUGGCGAAUCCGCCAGCUUGCCGGGGGCCGGGCCCAACACCGAGACGGCCUUGACCCGAAAUCAAAAAGAGAGAUCGACAAGUGCAGGCUUACUGCUCAAAUCCUAAACCGUCGUCGACCACGCUCGAAACACGGCUGUGAAGGACACAAGGUUAAAUUUGAACCUGGACACCGUCGCCCCAAGAAGAGAAAGCACCGCUCUCCCGAGCUUAUCAAUCUUGUCAGUGGCGAGGAGGAUAACGUCAAGCCCAAGAAGGUGAAGAAAAAGAAGACGCACUUGAUCAAGACUACAGCCUGGAUCGAUUUGACUGGCGUCUCGGACACUGACGAGGCGGAUACGACGCAACCGGUAGAGACAGCCCAGUCGGUAGUGGAGGCCGCAUCUGAAGGUUGGCGGGAGAGUUCCGAGGAAGACUACUGGUGGCCCGACAGUGGAACAAUUGACCCGAACUGCCCAGAGGUAGUGGUCUAG